AUGUUAGGGGACGGGAGCAUCCACCUACAGCUACGGGUUGCACCAUUGAGAAGUUCACCCCGCAUGCAUCCUCCAAUGUUUACUGGGGGAUCUGACCGAAUUGUAGCGGAGAACUGGGUGCAAAAGACAGAAAAGAUCCUGAAAAUUCAACAUUGCACCGACGAGCAAAAAGUUCUCUAUGCUACAUUUCAACUAGCAAGAGAAGCUGAGAGGUGGUGGGUGGCUAUGAGUCUGCUUGAGGAGCAGAGAUUCGAUUCACCUAAGAUGACGUAUGACCACUUUAAGGAGGUGUUCUUCGAUAGAUACUUCCCGUCUUCCGUCCAUGACGCAAAGGCAUAUGAGUUCUCAAGUCUGACUCAGGGGACCUUGAUAGUGCAAAGUUAUGCAGCUAGAUACAUCAAGUUGUCUCGCUUUGCGCCAUGUAUGAUCUCAAAUGAGUAUGAAAAGGCUCGGAGGUUCGAGAAGGGUCUAAGGAAGGAUAUCCGUAGGCUGGUAGGAAUGCUGCAGAUUCGGGAGUUUUCGAUUUUAGUGGAGAAAGCCGCCAUAGUUGAGGCUGGUCUCCGGGAGGAUGAGGUGGCACAAGAUCAAAAGAAGAGGCCAGUACCUUUUGGUUCUUAG